AUGGGACCCCCAAAAGCCACCCCAAAAAAAGAGGGUGGUGACGUCCUACAAGAUUCCGGAAGGUUCCGGGAAGCCUUCUUCGCAUCUCUUCUUCCUCCUCCUUCCCACCCAUCUGCCUUCUCCCUUUUACAGCACUUCAGGGACCCCACAUCCAUCCCAUCGCGGCCACCAAAGCCGGUUGCCCUCCCCCGGGGCCGGAAGCCGCCCAGCCAACCCGAGAGAAGCCGUAGCAACGAGGAAGCCGGCGGAGCAGGAGGGGCCGUCCCGGAAGAUACACGUACGUCCCCCCCAAUUGCCCAACCCCGGCGCAGACCCAAGGAGCAGGAGAAUGAAGGGGACCCUGAGGUGGGGAGGAAGGCAGCUCCCCUCAAGCCAAAGAGGACGCGGCGAGCGCAGUCGUGCGACAAGCUGGAGUCGGAUCGGAGCCGAAAUCUGGGCUCUGGAGGUGCCAGAGACACACCCCUGCCUGACCCCCCUCCCGCCCCCCCUGAGUGCAACCCGCCGCCUGGCUGGAAACCUCGCCCUGCUGUUUCCCACCCUCUCCUCCCGGCGGACCGGACCGCGGGAACACACGAAUCUGGGACAGAGUGAUGGACAGGCGCUCCCUUGACGUUGCCACCCUUGGAAGCUGCGAUGCCUUUUCAUCUCCUGGCGGAAAGAGCGAAGGAAUGUGAGAGCUACA